AUGUCCGAAAGUACUCCUCUUAUUUACAAGGACGACUAUGAAGAGUUCAGCUUGAGCAAGCGGGCCAAGAUCAUCCUCUCCACCGCUGGUGUGAUUGUGGCGGCUGCCACCCUCUGGUUGCUCUGUGUAUUUUUGCCAGGCAAGUUCAUCCCAGAAGCAGUUCCUUUGGAGGCUAUUUCCAAGGUAAGUGAACUAGGUGUGAGACUAGAGCCAUUGACUAGGACCCGUGUUGAGGAAUUGGGGUUGGGAGAUUGGUCAGGUGUGGCUGGGGCCAUUGACCAAGACGAAAGCGAGGACUCGGAAGACGAUGACAAUUACGCCGAGCAGUUGACCUCUAGACCUAGCAAGGAAGUCCCUGGGGUGGAACGUCUCAUCAUGAUUGGUGAUAUUCAUGGCCACUACUCGGAGUUCAUGAAGUUGUUGAAGAAGCUCCACUACAACCCCUCCAAAGACCAUGUGUUGGUAUUGGGGGAUUUCAUCACCAAGGGUCCAGACUCCAAGAAGGUCUUGGACUUUUUGAUCGAAAAUGACAUCGACUGCAUCAUGGGCAACCACGAAUUGUAUGUGUUGCGUUACUAUGCCCAAUACCACAGUUUGCGUGCGCCAUUCUUCCACGAUAACGAAACUGGCACAUUCACCAGCAUGGCCAUGUCCAACUCUGGGUUUAACGAUGAUCCUGAGUUCUUGUUGGCAAAGAGAUUGGUGCCUGACCAAGUUAAGUACAUCAAUAAGUGUUCCAUCAUUAAAACUUUGGGAAAGGUGCCACUCCACAAAACAAAGAACGAAGGUGGACCAAGAUCUACCGAGGGCGUGGCUGUGCACGCCGGAUUAAGAUGGGACUUGGAACUUAACGACCAGGACCCAAUCGAAAACUUGGAGAUGAGGUCUUACAUCGGCCCCUUCUACAAUAAGACAACAGACGACCCAUUCGAAGAUAACGCCGUGUCCUGGUCCAAGAUCUUUAAUAUGAAACAGAAAGAAAAGGAAUCAGAAGAUACCCUUGCGGUGUACUACGGCCAUGAUGCCAGAAGAAGCUUGAGCUUGAAGAAGUUCACCAAGGGCAUAGACACAGGGUGCGAUAAAGGUGAGUAUUUGACUGCCAUGGUCCUCUGGAACGAGAUUGGCGAGAACAAAAAAGGUAAGAAAAGGGUGCUAUACAAAGAACAAUCGGUUCAGAUUAAGUGUUAG